CUUCAGCACUCCGCCGAAGUACGAAGCGCAUUUCUUCACCCGCCACCAUGUUCAAGCUCGUCGCACUCUUCGCCCUGCUGGCCUGCGCCACCGCCGCACCCGGCUACCUGGCGGCGCCCGCUCUUCACGCGCCGGUCGUCGCGGCACCCGCGGUAGCGGUUGCCCACUCCGUCCCGCUCGCCACCAGCUACGCCAAUACCUACAAAGUGUCCUUGAAGAGCCCGCUGGUUGCCCCGGUCGCCUACACCGCGCCAGUUGCCUACGCCGCGCCGGUCGUCAAAGCCGCGCCAGUCGUCGCCGCCCAUCCCGUCGUCGCUCAUGCACCGUUCGCCUAUGCCGCCCACGCUCCAGUCGUCGCUCUUCACUAAGGGGGACCCUCUCUAGCCACCCGUCUCUCGCGACGACCGACGUGCCGACGACGAACCCGGUGACCUCGUCGACCAGCCGGAUGCGUGACGACGAUGGUUUAUCGCAACGACCGGUCAGUCGACAGACUCCGAAACCAUCCAACGAUCAGACAGCAAAUCCACCGAAGACCUUGAUUAAACCUGUACCAGCCAGCUCGCGUAUGGUCGAACGACCGAUCGCUACGAUUGAUCAAUAAAAUUAUCAUUUUCUGCCUUUACU